AGCUCUCACUUGGCUUCCCAGAAAGAUGGAUAGAAGAAAUGAUUACGGUUAUAGGAUGCCCACAUUCCAGGGCCCUCUGCCUCCCCCUGGGAGCCUGGGGCUUCCCUUCUCUCCAGAUUCACACACUGAAAAUACAGAAGAGGACAAUGUUUUGUUGAUGCAUACCCUGUUGGCAGCAACUAAGGAUCCACCUGUUGCCAGCCGGCCUAAGAAAAGCAAGACCAAGAAGACCUCUGUUAAGGCUAUUAAUAAGACCACACCUGCUGCCCCUCCAGUUCCAUCUUCCAAUGAGAUUGCAACCAACAAGCCCCAAAUAACUUUGCAGACUUUAAACUUGCCAAUCCUAACCCAGAUCAGCCAGGCUUCAGCUACUGCCGAGGCAGCCAAUAUUCAGGCUUCAUCCCUCACUGCUCAGCCUAAGAAAAUCAAUAAGACAAAGAGAGUUAGUCCCAAGGUAUCUCAAGGCUCCCAAUCUCUCAUUGGCAGUGAGGGUGUCACUCCACAGGUUAAGUCACCCUUGAAGGCACUAAAUGUACCAGUCACUUCCCAGACUAUCCAGGCUCCAGUUGCCAAUGAGUCAGCCAAUUCCCUGGCCUUGACAGCCUCCACCAAGCCUAAGAAACCUUCCAAGGCUAAGAAGGCUGCCAGUAAGGCCGCAGCUUGUGCCACUGAGAUCUCACUGGCUCCAAGUACCACCCACACAGUUACUCCCCAAGGCCAAAUUGCCAAUGAGACAGCCAAUAUCCAGGCCACAGCAGCCUCCAUUCGUACCAAGAAAGCGUCAAAAGCCAAGAAGACAAAUGCUAGGGCAACAAAUACUGAUGCUGAGCAUCUAGAGGCUCCACAUGCCAUGGAGGCAGUUAGCAAACAGGUGGAGGCCUCAGCAGCUCUCCGGCCCAAAAAACCUAAGGGCAAGAAGGUUGCCAAUAAGGGCUCUAGUUCUGCCUCGGAGAUCUCUGAGGCCCCAUCUGCCGUUCAGAUGGUCUCAAAUCAUGCCCUGUCUGUUACUGUGCGGAUCAGGAGAGGAUCUAGGGCCCGAAAGGCUGCCACUAAGUCUCGGGCAACUGAACAGCCUCAAAUUGCUGAUCAAGGGGCUCAGGCCAAGAUGGCUACCUCUCAGACCAGUAUAAGUGCCCUUGAGACUCAGGUUGCUGCUGCUGUCCAGGCCUUGGCAGAUGACUAUCUGGCUCACUUGAGUUUGGAGCCCACGACUAGGACACGAGGCAAGAGGAACCGAAAGUCUAAGCAUUCAAAUGGAGAAGAGAAAAGUGGCAAUAAUUAUAGGCGGAUCCCAUGGGGUCGGAGGCCUCCACCACCCAGAGAUGUGGCCAUUUUACAAGAAAGGGCAAAUAAGUUGGUGAAAUACCUGUUGGUUAAGGACCAGACAAAGAUUCCCAUCAAGCGCUCAGAUAUGCUGAAGGAUGUCAUCCAAGAAUAUGAGGAAUAUUUCCCAGAGAUCAUUGAACGAGCAAGCUAUGCUCUGGAGAAGAUGUUCCGAGUCAAUCUGAAGGAAAUUGAUAAGCAAAAUAGCUUGUAUAUUCUUAUCAGCACUCAAGAAUCCUCUGCAGGCAUACUGGGAACAACUAAGGACACACCUAAGCUGGGCCUCCUCAUGGUGAUUCUGAGUGUCAUUUUUAUGAAUGGCAACAAGGCCAGUGAGGCUGUCAUCUGGGAGGUGCUGCGCAAGUUGGGGCUGCGCCCUGGGGUGAGACAUUCACUUUUUGGGGAAGUGAGGAAGCUCAUCACAGACGAGUUCGUGAAGCAGAAGUAUCUGGAAUACAAAAGGGUCCCAAACAGCAGACCACCUGAAUAUGAAUUCUUCUGGGGCCUGCGCUCUUACCAUGAGACUAGCAAGAUGAAAGUCCUCAAGUUUGCGUGCAAGGUACAGAAGAAGGACCCCAAAGACUGGGCUGCUCAGUACCGGGAGGCAGUGGAGAUGGAAGUGCAAGCUGCAGCUGUAGCUGUGGCUGAGGCUGAGGCCAGGGCUGAGGCAAGAGCCCAGAUGGGGAUUGGAGAGGAAGCUGUGGCUGGGCCCUGGAAUUGGGAUGACAUGGAUAUCGACUGCCUAACAAGGGAAGAGUUAGGUGAUGACGCUCAGGCCUGGAGCCGAUUUUCAUUUGAAAUUGAGGCCAGAACCCAGGAAAAUUCAGAUGCCACCAGCAAUGUUGACUUCAGCCAAGGAGCUAGCCCCAGGGGUAGCUUCAGUGAUGCUGCUAGUAUUAGCUUCAGUGGCAGCCCCAGUCCCAGUGGGGGCUUUGGUGGUGGAGCUGGUAUUACCUUUGGUGGUGCACCAAGCUCUAGUGCCAGCUUCAGCAGUGCAGCUAGCAUAAGCUUUGGUGGCACACCCAGCACUGGUACCAACUUUAGCAGUGCAGCCAGUAUUAGCUUCGGUGGUGCACCUAACACUAGCACUAGUUUCAGUGGUGGAACCAGUAUUAGCUUUGGUGGCACACCCAGUACCAAUGCCAGCUUUUGCAACACAGCCAGCAUUAGCUUUGGUGGAUCACCCACUACUGUCACUAGUUUCAGUGGUGGAACCAGCAUUAGCUUUGGUGGAGCACCAAGCACCAGUACCAGCUUCAGCAGCACAGCCAGCAUUAGCUUUGGUGGUGCACCCAGCACUACUACUAGUUUCAGUGGUGGAGCCAGCAUUAGUUUUGGUGGAGCACCAAGCAGUAGCACUAGUUUCAGUGGUGGGGCCAAUAUUAGCUUUGGUGGGCCACCAAGCACUAGCACUAGUUAUAGCAGUGCAGCCAGCAUCAGCUUUGGUGGUGCACCAAGUACCAGCACCAGUUUCAGUGGUGGAGCCAGUAUUAGUUUUGGUGGUAGCCCUUGUACCAGUGCCACUUUCAGUGAUGGAGCCAGCAGUGGCUUUGGAGGCACACUUGGCACCACAGCUGGCUUUAGUGGUGCACUUAGCACAAGCACCAGCUUUGGAAGUGCACCCACCACAAGCACUGUCUUCAGUGGUGCACUGAGCACCACCACUGGCUUUGGAGGCACACUUAGCACCAGUGUCUGCUUUGGUGGUUCUCCCAGCUCUGGUGCCAGCUUUGGUGGCACACUCAGUACCAGUAUCUGCUUUGGUGGCACUCCUAGCAGCAGUACUGGUUUUGGUGGCACCCUCAGCACCAGCGUCUCCUUUGGCGCUUCUCCUAGUAGCACUUCUGACUUUGGUGGCACGCUCAGCACCAGCGUCUGCUUUGGUGGCUCUCCUAGCACCAGUGUGACCUUUGGUAGUGCACUCAGUAGCAGUGCUGGUUUUGGUGGAGCACUCAACAACAGUGCUGGCUUUGGCAGUGCCAUUAGCAGCACCAGUGCUAGCUUUGGUGGUACACUCAGUAGUGCUACUGGCUUUGGUGGUGCUGUUAGCACCAAUACUGGAUUUGGUGGAGCACUCAGCACCAGUGCAAGCUUUGGUGGUGCACUCAGUAGUGCUGGCUUUGGUGGUGCCGUGAGCACCAGUGCCAGCUUUGCUGGAGCACUCAAUAGUGCUGGCUUUGGUGGAGCACUCAGUGUCAGUUCUGGAUUUGGUGGUGCUGUCAGCACCAGUGCUAGUUUUGGUGGUGUACCCAGCACCACCCCUGACUUUGGUGGUGUAUUCAGCACCAGUGCUGGUUUCAGUGGGGCACUUAGUACCACGGCUGACUUUGGUGGUACUCCCAACAACAGAAUUAGCUUUGGCAGCACUCCCAGCACCAGUGUGAGCUUUGGUGGAGCUCAUAGCACCAGCCUGUGUUUUGGUGGGUCACCCAGCACCAGCCUCUGUUUUGGCAGUGCAUCUAACACCAACCUGUGUUUCGGCGGCUCUCCCAGCACCAGUGCCUGUUUUAGUGGUGCCACCAGUGCCAGUUUCAGUGAUGGGCCCAGCACCAGUGCUGGUUUCAGCUUUGGCAAUGCUGGAUUUGGAGGUGGACUGAGUACUAGCGCUGGCUUUGGUGGUGGCCUAGGCACCAGUGCGGGUUUCAGUGGUAGCCUAGGCACCAGCGCUGGCUUCGAUGGUGGCCUAGGCACCAGUGCUGGCUUUGGUGGUACAUUAGGCACCAGCACCGGCUUUGGUGGUGGGCUAAGUACCAGCUCUGACUUUAGUAGUGGACUGGGCACCAGUACUGACUUCAGUGCUACACUAGGCACCAGCACUGGCUUCGGUGGUGCACUAGGCACCAGCACUGGCUUUGGUGGCGGACUAAGCACCAGUGCUGGCUUUGGUGGUGGACUAAGCACCAAUUCUGACUUCAGUGGUGGACUAAGCACCAGCACUGGCUUCGGUGGAGGACUGGGCACCAGUACUGGAUUCAGUGGUGGACUGGGUACCAGUGCUGGCUUUGGUGGACUGAUCACCAGUGAUGGCUUUGGUGGUGGACUGGGUCUGGGUACUAAUGGUGGUUUUGGCAGCACCCUUGGCACUGGUUCAGGCUUUGGUGGUGGCCUUAACACCGGCGAUGGCUUUGGAGGUGGGCCUAAUGCCAGCUUCGACAGAGGACUGAGUACCAUCAUUGGCUUUGGCAGUGGUUCCAACACCAGCACUGGCUUUACUGGUGAACCAAGCACUGGCACCAACUUCAGCAGUGGACCCAGUUCUAUUAUUGGCUUUAGUAGUGGACCAAGCUCUGGUGCUGGCUUCUGCAGUGGACAAAGCACUGGUGGCUUUGGUGGUGGACCAAGCACUGGAACUGGCUUCAGUGGAACAAGCUCUGGAGCUGGCUUUGGUGGUGGACUGAACUCCAGUACUGGCUUCGGCGGCGGUGGACUGAGCAGCAGCACUGGCUUCAGUGGUGGACCAAGCACCAGUGCUGGAUUUGGCAGUGGACCAAGCACCGGUGCUGGCUUUGGCGGUGGAGCCACUAGCCUUGGUGCCUGUGGCUUCUCCUACAGCUAGUGUGGUUUCAGAUUUAUUCUCCUCGUUUACGUAUUCUGCUAGUGAGUUGCAGCAGUUUUUCCCCUGGAGCCCUGCUACAGCCUUGGAAUCUUUGUCUG